CCGCGCCCUCCUCCCCCACUGCCACAGCACCGCCUUUGGUGGGAGAGCCUCUCGCGAUCGGAUCGUAACGAACGCCAGAGGGGAGGGGCUUCGAUCUUGGGAUGACGCCGUCGGCGAUCGUGGUUGGCAUGCCGACGAGGUGCGCGCCGCCGGCGUUCAUGGCGGGGGUGGGGAGGGGCAGGGGGAGGGGUGGGUUCUUUAGGCCUGUGGUGGCGGCGGCGGCGGCGUGCGGCGGAGGUGGCGGCGGUGGUGGUGGGGAUGAGGAGCAGAAGAGGCAGAUUCUGCCGCUGCCGUCGAUGGCCGCGAUGCCGCCGUCGCUGCGGGCGAUCCAGGCGAAGAGGAAGCUGGAGGCGGUGCGGCGCGGGGUGGUGCCGCGGGCGGCCGGGACGAGCGCGGUUGCGGCGCUGGUCGCGGCGGUGGAGGCCGUGCAGGGCGCCGCGGCCGGGGGCGCCGCCGAGGCCGCGCGCGGCGCCGGGGACGCCAUGGCGUGGGUCAUCCGCAAGGUGCACCUCGAGUCGCCCGACCUCGCCGUCGGCCUCCUCGGCCUCGUCGCGUCCUGCCUCGGCACGGUCAUGGAGGCGGAGAUGGACCGGAUCAAACGCAAGAACGUCGAGCCGUCCGCGUCGGUGGCGGCGGCGGCCAGCAACGCUGCCCCCGACAACGACGGCGGCGACACCGACCAGAUCGAGGACGCCGACGCCGAGAUGCCGGAGCUGGUGGAGCUUGACAUGGAGACGGAGCUCUGGUCCCGGAUCGGCAUCAUGCACAGCGACGACGACACGCCGGUGUUCGUCGACGACGAGGACGGCCUGCAGGAGAUCAUCGACAUCGCCCGUGUCCACCGGCGGAAGGCGGCGUACGAGAGGAUCAUCGCCACCGCCGCCGACGUCAACUCGCUCAUCCUCUCCAACUACGCGCAGCUCCUCUACCAGUUCGACAAGGACCUCGACAGGGCGGAGGACUACUUCAAGCAGGCGGUGGCGGCGGAGCCGGUGGACGGCGAGGCGAUGAGGAGGUACGCGCUGUUCAUGUGGCACGCACGCGGCGACCUCGCCGGCGCGGAGGACAUGUUCACCCGCGCCAUCGACGAGGAGCCGCAGAGCAGCCAGCACCGCAGCAGCUACGCCUGGUUCCUCUGGAUGACCGGCGGCGUCGAGACCUGCCUCAUCGACUCCGGCAACGACACAGAAUGACAAGCCAUAUGCAUCAGCCAGGAACACAAGACGACGACGACGACAUGACAUGAUCGAACACCUUUCACCGGCAGGUGCCCGGCGACGGGCCGGCCAUGUAGACGACGGUGCAGCUAGCACCUAGGCAUCGCCAUGGCCUACCUACCCAUGGCUAUAUAUAGUAGUCGAGUAGCAUAGAAGAAGAACUGAUCAUCAGUGUGCAUGCAUGGCAACAAUGGCAGGAGCUGAGAGAGGCAACAAAAGAGUUGGCAGGCAAGCUAGCACACAUGGUAAUGUAGAGUGUUGCUAUAGUGAUCUCAUGGAAUAAAUCAUGCAUAAAACCACCAGUAAUGUUAUUCCAGAAAUUGUGAGCAAUCUCUAUGUAUGGGAGAGGCAUAAUGUUCUUCCUUUUUGUGUAAUCUGGUGUUUGCAGUUUGCACAGAUUGUGAGUACAUGAAUGUCAAAAUGUGGCUUGUAGUGCAU